CAAAGAGAGCAGAGGAAAGAGACGAGGGACAGAAGUCGGAGCAGCUGGCCGGUGCUUCGACUUUCAGGGCGAGCAUUUGCAUCACUUUCUCUUUACAAGAUGAAUCCAAAUGAAGGGUAGCGUUCCACGUUGCUGGAGCUUAUUGCGUUUCUCCUCUUCUCCGGAAACCAAACACAUGACGCUGAGGAAGACCCUCGCCCCCAAGUCCCGCUCUCUGCUUUCCUUUUUCUCGUCUUCUUCUUCGUCUCCUCCUCCGACGAUUCGGACGAUUGAAGUCGGCGAUGUUCUGAGGAGAUGGAGGGUGUUCACUCCCGCGGACGUCGACGCCUACUCGAAGGUCAGCCACGACACCAACCCCGUCCACUUCGACGCCGAUCUUGCCCGCCUCUUCGGAUUCCGGGAUCGCGUCGUCCACGGGAUGCUCGUAGCCUCCCUCUUCCCCAACGUCAUCGCUUCUCAUUUCCCUGGGGCAGUAUAUGUCUCGCAGACUCUUCAAUUUAGGUCUCCAGUUUAUGUUGGGGAGAAAGUUGUUGCUGAAGUACAAACAUUACAUCUAAGAGAAAACAGGAAGAGGCACCUAGCAAAAUUUCGGACGAAAUGCCUAAAAGAUGGGAAUCAUGUGGUCAUUGACGGUGAAGCUAUGGCGAUAUUGCCAAGCUUAGAAAUGAGGGAAGUGCAACAAGAGGAGUCAUGAUCAUCAUCUAUCUGGCAAUCAUGUUAUUGACUUCCUGAGUCAGGCUUAAAAUUGUCCUUAGUAUAUGCAUCAAGUAGUCAAGGUUUAGGGUCAUUAUGUGGUAAUUGGUGGAAAUUUGGUCCUUCAUGAGCUUCUUUACAGUCAGACACUGAUCUAGGGAGCAUAGCAGCAUGAGCCCCUUUAUGGGACUUAAUUAGGGGGACCAGGCAACCAUACGGAACUUUGCAAAGUAGAGCAAAUGGGGAUUGCCAGACUCGCCAGUUGAGUUAUUCAUCAGCACCGUUGUUUAUUGAGGAGAGCCAUGGCACCAGUUGGCUGUAACAGAAGGAUCAACAAAUAUAAUGCAGCAUCAUUUUUUCAUGAUUUGGAGCAAGCGAACUCUGACCACCUGAUAUGAAGCUACCCGAAAAAUUCAGAGGUUGUUGUGACCACCUAACAUGAAGCUGCCCGAAAAAUUCAGAGGUUGUUGUGUCCACCUAACGUGAAGCUGCCUGAGAAAUACAGUCGUUGUUGUUUUGUCAGUAGAAGUCAAAGGAAAUCAAUUGUAGUAAUCGGAAAUACUUGAACUCUCUCUCUCUUGAUAUCUUCUAAUUUGAACUUUCAUUUGAUAUCUUCUA